AUGUCUGGCAAUAUCGUAAAUACCACUGAUGACAACUUUGAUGCAGAUGUACUUCAAUCUGAUAUCCCUAUUUCUGGGCAGGCUGGUAAAGUUAAAAUCGUUAAAGUUGAUGUAACUGCGUGUGAAGCAACUGCGGUCAAUUACAACAUUCGUAACAUUCCAGCAUUAUUGAUGUUUAAAAACGGUGAAGUUGUUGCCCAACAAAUUGGUGCAGUGCCAAAAUCUAAACUAACUGCAUUUAUUGAAGAAAAUAUUUAA